UUAAAUGGAAACCCUUUCUCUUUUCCUCUCCCUCCUUCGCAAAACCUCGCGUACUUCCGGAAGCAGCAAGGCGGAUAGCCGGAGAAACGAGGGUUUCGACGGCCAUGGCGUCUAAACCGUUCAAGUUAGAGGAGACGGUCGCGAAGAAGCUGGCGCUGUGGCACACCCGCACGUUCCGCCCCAUCAUGACCCACAACGAAUUAGAGCCCCUCAUGGCCGCCUUCGGCUUCGUCGCCCUCCCCCUCGCCCCGACGCCGCAGCUUCCGGAAGGACAGCAACAGCAGUCAGCUGCGGUCGUCUGGCAGGAGUACGCGUCGCAGUCGGAGGCGGCGGUGCGCGGCGGCGGAGAGGGGAAGGGGAGGCGGCGCGCCUCAGGGGCUCCACCUCGGCCGAGAUUGCCUUACCCCCGCAUCGAUGGCCUCCAUCUGAUGGCCUACAAGGCCUUCCUUUUGGCCCUCGAGUUCUACCUCGGCCCCAACCGCGUCCCCAAUCUCUUUCACGUCAGCGAUCGGUUGUUCUUUUCCAGGACGAUGUCGCUGUCGAGAAGGCUGGACCGCGUGUUUGGGAAAUGCUACCGGCCAAUGAAGGACUGCGACAUGGAGGACGAAGGCAUCCUGGUGUUCCGCGACGGCACUCUCGAUCACAUUACGAGAAUCACUAUCAGCCAAUACAAUGACGACGAAAUCGAAGAUAACAACAACGGCGGCGGCGGCGGCCGCGUUAACUCCAUGAAAGAAACCAACCUCGACGAUAGCAUCAAGAACACCUACUUGGUACCUCUCAAGGAUCUUUUCCCAACUGACAAUAUUACGAGCUCUUAAGCAUUCUUUUAUCAUAGAUCAUAAGCAUCUCGAUGCAUUGUAGGUAGAGUCGGAGUAGUUUUAUUUUUAUUUUUUAUUUUUUUUCUUGACAGUUUUGAGGGAUCAAUAUUUUAUCUUAUCUGAGUUUUUAAUCCAAAUAUUUCUGGAUGAAUUGCUGAAUUAAGAGGCUUCACAGAUUGUAUUUUGAUUGAUAUAGU